CAGGAAGAGAAAAAGAAAUGGCUUCUGGAAGAAAACACUUUCCCCCCAUGAAGAAUGAAGAAGCAGGAGAGUAAACAUGGAAGACGUGGACAGAGUGAAACACGAAGCCCAGGAGCUGAAAGCCGUACCUCUUUACCAAAACCACUGCCCAAAAUAAUUUUUCAACAAGACUUCCCAAAACCAUCUCGGCCUGGUCACAAAGUGAGAUCCAGACCUUCUGUUUUAAAGCCCCCAGCUGAGGGCCUACGGCCAUCUAAGAAGCCAGAGCCAACCCCUGAGACGCCAGAGCCACCCCCUGAGAAGCCACAGCCAGCCCCACAGAAACCACAGCCGGUCCCGGAGAAGCCACAGGCAGCCCCUCAGAAACCACAGCCUGCCACUCCUGCUGUACCAGCGGGAAGUGGGCCUACUGCACCCUCUCAGCCAAAACCGCCAGCUAAAGCUAAAGUCCCCGAGCCAGAACCAAGCAUAUGGGAAAAGAUAUUCCCGUGUCUAAAGAAAGAGAAACCCGCUCCAAAAGAACCUUUGGAGAAACAUUUGGUGGCCGUUGCCCCUCCCCCGAAAGGACCAUAUGAAAAAACAACUUUGAUGGUUGGUGACACGCGUGCAAUCUCAACGGUGCCUUCGCCACCCUUGCCUGAGGAGCCUAAAAAGAAACCACCAAGCAGGAAGAAAAGGGAGAAAAGGAAGGCUUCUUCAGCCCACAUCUCGGUGCCCAAGACAGUUUUCUCUAUCUUUGAUCCUGUCAAAGAACCAGCUGAGGUUUACAUCCAGGAACCUUCUAAGUUACCCAAAGGGAUUUUGAAAACCUCAGAAGAAAGAGUGCAGACCAGCAAAUCCGUCUCCAUCAUCUUGCCCUCAGAAAUGGACCAGGCCGAAAUACCCCCAGAAGGAGUUGUGAAGUCUUCAAAGACCCACUUCAAAAGUCCGGAGGUAUCUCAGGUGACCAGCGAGAGCUCCGUUCAAUCGCUCCCUCAGGAAAGAAAACCUACCUCCGCACCUCCUGACCGGGCCAAAGAAAAGGAGGAGAAGUCAUCAGAGGAGGAGGAGGAGUCACCACGUCCCAUUUCUCUCAAAUCACAGAAAAAGGCACCCUUGUUUGCCAGGACGAACGUUCCUCCAAAGCGGAAAGCUAACACAAAAGAUUCCGCCACUCAGACGGUCCCACCAGUCGAGGCCGUUAAACCUGCUUCCCCCUUACUCUCCCUACUUCAGUCUCCCUCACCAACCUCCACCACGCCUCAACCUACCGAGAAGAUGGCGUGCCGUUUACCUGCAGCACACUUCCAACUGGAGAUGGCACCUUCAUACAUUCCGCCACCGAAACACGGACGCCCUCCGCCUCCAUCGACCAAAGCUGAGGAUGAAACAGAACCCGACAAACCCCCUAAACCAGGAGCCAGAGGUGCACCACUGCCUGGAGCAAAAUGGGUUCAUAAAUUUCUUUUUUAAGGAUUGGGCCAGUCUUCUCCGGAAGCUCCACAAGCGAUCAACUGAUCACUUUUUAUGAAAAGCCAAAAAAUAAAACUUUUCCACCAGCAUCCAGUGAUUUAUAGAUUUUACCUUAUGUUUUAAUAAUAAACAUAAUGAUUACACUUCUG